CUGGGGUUGGACGCCGUUGUAACCAUCUCAUCUGUUAUUCUCGCACGAAGUUACCGAUGGAUGCCUCUGUGUCGCCUGAGCGACCACGCAAACGUCGCGCCAUCAAUGCCUGCACUACUUGCCGAGCCUCAAAGGUCCGAUGUGACGGUAGUCGGCCAUGCCAGCGAUGCGCCCGCAACAAUACCGACUGUGUCUACUACGAUGGUGCCAAAGACCCCACUUUGAUGAGGGUUGAGAAGCUUGAAGCCGAAGUCAACGCCUUGAAAACCGGCCUGGAAGAGGCAAUUGAUGUCAGUCGACGGGAGCUUCUGCCACGAACACCAAUCUCAUCGCAUACAAAUGUGUCCCCCGAAGGAGGUUCUACCUUACAGCCGAAUCUUCCUGUUGGGACCAUUACCAACCAAGCGUUUAGUGGCUAUGCAGUUUCGCUUCCCAACCUUGCCCAUGGAUUACCAUCUACCCUUGUGAUGAACGCUACUGGGACGACGUGCAAUGCUGUGGAGAAGGGGCUAAUAUCAUGGGAACAAGCAUCAUUUUGGUACCAGAGCUUCUUUUCUGGGAGUCAUUACCUUGUUCCCAUUUUCAGUGAAAGGACAGAUACAUUCGAGUCAGUCUUGUCAAGAAAUGCAUUUCUAUUCGAUGCAAUAGUGACUAUUGGUUGCCGGGCAGAGGAAGGCGUCAGUUCGUCUCUGCAUCAUCGACUUCAAUCGCGGCUGCGAGAGCACCUGACCAAUAUUCUCAUCACAAUGGAUACACCAUCUGUUGAAGUCGUGCAAGCAAUUACGAUUAUGGCAGGGUACUCAGAGAAUGGAUUCGUGUUAAUUGCUCUCGCUUUACGAUUUGCAAUACAGUUGGGCUUGCCAAAUUCUGUUGACCAAUUGAUAGCAAAGCCUCUACAGAGGUCCGGUGAUGUAAGUGUUGAGGAUCAAGAUUUGUAUCGCUUAGCAAGAAUAUGGCAUGGUGUCUGCAAUCUCGAGCUCUUCUUUUCCCUAGAUGGCGGAAAACUUCCUGGAAUCAAUCUUCGGACGUCGUCUCGCAAAAUACGCGCACUAAUUCAGCACCCGGAGUUCACAUCGGUGGACUUGCGUCUCCUUUCCCAAUUGGAGCUCAACAUCAUCCGUAACAAUGCAUAUGUCAAUAUCGUCAACCACCACGGUGCAUCAAUACUUCCCGAGAAUGAAAGUCUCCUAAGAUCAACAGUCCAAGACACAGUAAUUGAACUCUCACUAUGGCUAGAAGAAUGGACUAUCAUCAUAUCGUCUAAAUCGAAAGAUCAAGCUGGCUCCCUCGCCCUAUUGAACAUUCAUAUUCAGUAUGAAUGGGCGCUCAUCACAUUACACCUCAAAGCACUUUCCGUUUCAGGUAUCGAAAACAUUGCCAUCAUGAAGGAUUUUCAACGCGACAUGGUCCGGACAGCAAAAGAAGCCGCAGCCCGGCACUUACAUCACUUGCUCGAGGAAACGUCCUCCUCGCCCCCGUCUCCAGAGUCUUCAAAUACCAGGCGUGACCAAGGCCGUCCAGCGUAUCUCACAACAUUCAAAUGGACAAUGGACUACGUCUGGGCAAAAUGCGCGUUCUCCGUUUUGCUCGUUCUCAAGUUGGCUCUCCUGCUCCGCGACCCUUUACCUUCUGUCAUGUUGCUCCUCCAAGAUGCCCAUAAAGUACUGGAAUCUCUUAAGCGCAUCGCUAUCGGUCACAUCGCAUACUUUCAGAUCCUGCAGACAAGUAUCGAAAAAUGCGAGAGCGCUUUGCGGGAAUAUAUGGCCCAGCAGGAGGGUAACUCAACGGGGCUGGAUCCGAGUCGCGUUGGCGAGGAGAGGAGUGCUGAAGAUGACUUUCAUGGGUACGCGCCCAGUGAAUUUGUGUUUGAAUGGGACUUUCCAGGGCUCAAUUUGAAGAGUAUGCCGCUUGGGUGGCAUGAUUUGUUUCUGGACCUGGACAGUGUAUUUUAAAGAGUCUGUGG